UCAAAUAAAAGGAGUAAAACUCACCCCAAAAACCUUCUCAUAUUUCCUUCUCAUAUCUAUUACGCAUCUUCAUCGUUUAUUAGAGAAAUCAGGAUGGCUGGUUUGCAGAGGUCUUCCGAAACCUUCAGGAGGUCUGGCUCAUCUGGUCUUGUCUGGGAGGACAGACACCUCCCCGGUGAGAUGAACUCCAACACGUCAAAGCCAAAGGAUGACUUUGACGCCGAUCCCAUAUCCCUCAGGCCGACACAAAGCGUCGGAGCUAUCGGCAUGAUGAGGAGAAGCCGUUCGACCGGCGGCGGGACGGGUGGUGGUGCCAAAGCUUAUAGGGCCGAUCAGGUCACGCCGGCCGUAGACCCUCCUUCCCCCAAAGUAUCAUGUUGCGGCGCCUUUUGUGGAGAUUUCGGCAAAAGCGGGUCAAAUCAAAAGCGAAAGCCUCGCCGGCGCUGAUCUCGAACCGGCGAUCGCCGGAGAUAUCGAGAUUAUGCUUUAUCUUUUACCUUUUUUUUAUGCCGGCCUUUUGUGCUGCCGGUUGACUCUUGCUUUGCUUUUUGUCAAUUUCUGAGUUUUUCGAUUAGAUGUGUGAUGGAAAUCUGCGGCAUAUAAUCGAAUGACUGUUUUUUUUUACUUUUCUUUU